AUGGAGCAAGCCCAGGCCCAACGGCAUGGGGUUGAACAGAGCUGGUGGGGAAGUGCCCCCCAGUACCAGUACAUGCCCUUUGAGCACUGCACCAGCUACGGACUGCCCUCUGAGAAUGGGGGCCUUCAGCACCGGCCCCAAAAGGAUGCAGGCCCCUGGCACAACGCCCACCCCACACAGAUUUAUGGCCAUCACAAAGAGCGAUUUUCAGACAAGGAGCAGGAUAUAAGGAUGCCCAAGAAGAUGGGCUCCAGUUCUACCUUGGACAGCAAGGAUGAGGACCACUAUUCUAAAUGUCAAGGUUGUAUCCACCGGCUAGAAUGCAUGGUGAGAAGGAAGUUAGGGGAAGACUGGAUCUUUCUGGUGCUCUUGGGCCUGCUGAUGGCUCUGGUCAGCUGGUGCAUGGACUAUGUCAGUGCCAAAAGCCUUCAGGCCUACAAGUGGACCUACGCCCAGAUGCAGCCCAACCUUCCUCUGCAAUACCUGGUCUGGGUCACCUUCCCGCUAGUCCUCAUCCUCUUCAGCGCCCUCUUCUGCCACCUCAUCUCUCCCCAGGCUGUUGGCUCUGGAAUCCCUGAAAUGAAGACAAUCCUUCGAGGCGUUGUCCUGAAAGAAUAUCUCACACUCAAGGCCUUUGUGGCGAAGGUGGUGGCCCUGACCGCAGGGCUGGGCAGUGGCAUCCCUGUGGGGAAAGAGGGCCCUUUCGUCCACAUUGCCAGCAUCUGUGCCGCUAUCCUCAGCAAGUUCAUGGCCAUGUUCUGUGGAGUCUAUGAGCAGCCGUACUAUUACACUGACAUGCUGACAGUGGGCUGUGCCGUGGGAGUUGGCUGCUGCUUUGGAACACCUCUUGGAGGUGUGCUCUUCAGCAUUGAGGUCACCUCUACCUACUUUGCCGUGCGGAACUACUGGCGAGGAUUCUUUGCAGCCACGUUCAGUGCUUUUGUGUUCCGAGUGCUGGCGGUGUGGAACAAGGAUGCUGUCACCAUCACGGCUCUGUUCCGAACCAAUUUCCGAAUGGACUUCCCCUUUGACCUACAGGAACUCCCAGCCUUUGCUGUCAUUGGAAUUUGCUGUGGGUUCCUGGGAGCUGUAUUUGUGUACCUGCAUCGCCAAGUCAUGCUCGGUGUCCGAAAGCACAAGGCCCUCAGCCAGUUUCUUGCUAAGCACCGCCUGCUGUAUCCUGGAAUUGUUACCUUUGUCAUCGCCUCGUUCACCUUUCCGCCAGGAAUGGGCCAGUUCAUGGCUGGAGAGCUGAUGCCCCGUGAAGCCAUCAGCACCCUGUUUGACAACAAUACAUGGGUAAAGCACGAGGGCGACCCCCAAAUCCUGGGCCAGUCGGCUGUAUGGAUCCACCCCCGAGUCAACGUUGUCAUCAUCAUCCUUCUCUUCUUCAUCAUGAAGUUUUGGAUGUCUAUCGUAGCUACCACUAUGCCCAUUCCCUGUGGAGGCUUCAUGCCUGUGUUUGUAUUAGGAGCUGCAUUUGGAAGGUUGGUGGGAGAAAUCAUGGCCAUGCUAUUCCCGGAGGGUAUCUUAUUUGAUGACAUUAUCUACAAAAUUCUGCCUGGGGGCUACGCAGUAAUUGGAGCAGCGGCCCUGACAGGUGCCGUGUCCCACACAGUCUCCACAGCUGUGAUUUGCUUCGAAUUAACGGGUCAGAUUGCUCACAUCCUACCCAUGAUGGUGGCUGUUAUCUUGGCCAACAUGGUGGCUCAGAGCCUGCAGCCUUCCCUCUAUGACAGCAUCAUCCAGGUCAAGAAGCUGCCCUACUUGCCUGACCUCGGUUGGAAGCAGCUCAGCAAAUUUACAAUCUUUGUUGAGGACAUCAUGGUACGCGAUGUGAAGUUUGUUUCAGCUUCAUGCACAUAUGGGGAACUGCAAAACCUGCUCCAGGCCACCACAGUCAAGACUUUACCACUGGUUGAUUCAAAAGAUUCCAGGAUCCUGCUGGGGUCCGUGGAGCGCUCCGAGUUGCAGUCCCUCCUGCAGCGCCACCUGUGUCCGGAGCGGAGGUUGCGGGCAGCCCGGGACCUGGCGCUGAAGUUGUCCGAGCUGCCCUACGAUGGCAAGGCACGGCUAGCGGGGGACGGGCUCCUGGGCGGCGCGCCAAGGGGUCGGCCAGAGUCCUUCGCCUUUGUGGAUGAGGAUGAAGAUGAGGACCUGUCCAGCAAGACCGAGCUGCCGCCUCCUCCUCCUCCUCUUCCACCCUUUCCUAGUGUUACCCCAUCUUUUGAGGAGCCCAAUGGACCCCUGCCUGGCCACAAACAGUCACCCGAAGCCCCAGAACCUGCAGGUCAAAGAUCCUCUAUCUUUCAGUGCCUGCUACACUGCUUGCUGGGCCGAGCUCGACCAGCAAAGAAGAAAACAACCCAGGAUUCGACGGACUUAGUGGAUAACAUGUUACCUGAAGAGAUCGAGGCCUGGGAGCAGGAGCAGCUGAGCCAGCCUGUCUGUUUUGAUUGCUGCUGCAUCGACCCAUCUCCCUUCCAGCUAGUGGAGCAGACCACCCUGCACAAGACACACACGCUCUUCUCGCUCCUUGGCCUCCAUCUCGCCUAUGUGACCAACAUGGGGAAACUCAGGGGCGUCCUGGCGCUGGAGGAGCUACAGAAAGCUAUCGAGGGUCACACCCAAUCUGGGGUGCAGCUCCGCCCUCCCCUUGCCAGCUUCCGGAACACAAAUACCUCUCUGAAGAGCCCGGGUGGCCCACCCCCUCCUGAAGAUGGCUGGAGCCUGCCUGAGGAUACUGCAGGCCCCCCUGGAACAGGGGACCUGACUCCUGCCUCCCCAGAGACACCAGUGCCACCCCCAUCCCUACAUCCCCCUCAGCCCCUGGCCCCAGCCAAGGCAGGGUGUGAAACGGAGGAGCUGGAGUUAGUGGAGAGCCCAGAGCCGGAAGAGGAGCUGGCUGACAUCCUGCAGGGUCCCAGUUUGCGAUCCACUGAUGAAGAGGAGGAUGAGGAUGAACUGAUUCUUUGACCAACCCUGGACCCUGCUCAUAAAGACCGCUGUUCAGAGGCCCACAACACAGGAUGGAAUUGUGUGGGACUGGGGUCCUACAGUUGGGGUAGUUGCGCCUCCCAGGAAUUUUUUAAUGUGAUAAGAAUAAUCUUGAAGGAGGAGUCAGAAUUUAAGGAAGGAAGAGUUUCAGUCAGUUAUUUAGACAGCUUCCCCAUCCCCAGGCAGGCAGGUGGUUCCAACCCUCGAAGGGGCCCUGAUAGUCUGUGGGGCCUCCUGGGUUUUCCUGCUGUGUGGCUGGGGUACUCACCUCCCCUCAUGCCCAGUUGCCCUAUGCUCUUGUCCCAGUGUCUUCCUGCCCUUGCCUGUCCUUCAGUUCCUAAAGGGGGCAGCUGGGAGAGGCCCAGAAUGACAGUGGCCUGAAAUGACAGUGGAAGGGGAGAUGGGACCACCUCCAGGCCCUGUGGACUGGCCACCCAGGAAUAUGUCUCCAGACCAUCCACACCUGCUUCUCUGGGAGCCCCCAGCCUCGCACUCCAGCCCACAGCCUAUUCCCAGGUCCUAUCCUGGCUGCUACUACCAUUGCCAGACCAGGGGCAUUUAAGGCCAACCACAUCCCCCUCCUCUGUGCCCUGCUUCAAGCCAUGAGAUGUGGAUACAAAGACUACCAAGGGCAGCUGCCUGGCAAAGAAAAGUUUGCCAAAGCCUCUGUGUGGAAGAGGCAGGUGUCUUAUUGCCAAACAGUCAUGGCCCCACGGUAUCCUCUCACUCCCCGUGGCAGACAGGCCUCCUAUUUCACAUCACUCUCCCCAUUUCCAGGUGACACCCUAGCAAUGCAUUUGCCUCUCCCAAUGCUGUGAUUGAUCUGUCCUGCCAAGGGUCACUGUGCCCUAGAGCUGCUCCAGUGCCAACCCCUGUUCAUGAGAUCCUCUGGUUCUUCCAGACUGGAGACUCAGAGGGGCACCCUCAAGGUCACAGGCAUUUCCAGUGCUUCCCAUCCUUGGGGCAGUUCCAUCCUUACCCUCCCCAAAAGGCAGCAGGUUGUGGUGCAUGGCAUUCACCUGCCUUCCCUACAAAGAGGCACCAGGGACUCUGAGCAUCCAGAAGCCCUGGCUCCACACUCUGUGCCUUAUUUACUUCUGCUGUCCCACCUUCUCUUUGCCGUUCUCCUCCCCUGUGCCCAGCUCCUCUAUCCCCCCAAAUAAG